AUGGCUUUCCUUGAAGAAGAUACUUCCAAGGUUUAUUCUAUUGUAAAAAAAGUUUCCGUUCAACACUACGUAUCUACUUAUAAUAUCUAUAAAAAAAUCGCCGAAGAGAUCAACGUUGAUCUGUUUUUUUGUGAUUACUUAAUGAAUUAUCCGUGCUUUGAUCUUGCUUGGAAAUUGGGAAAGCCUGCUGUUGGAAGUUCCACUGAUCAUUCUUAUUUACCUAAUCCGCCAUAUAUAGCUGAUCCUAUAUAUGGUUGUCAUGUAAAUAUGGAAAAUGAAUCUUUCUAUAACAGAUUUAAAUGUGCAAUAAUUGUACCUUUAAAAAAGGCCUGGAGCGCAAGAGAUACUACAAAGGGCAUUAAUACUCAAAGAGCUCUUGUAGGCGUAGAUCCGCAUUGGGACUUCUUUGGACGUAUAUCAACUGACACACCUCUUCAUCAAGAAAUUGGUCCUGUUCUUCCCGACGUCUUUCCGGGUCUAACACCAGAUCUAGAUUCAUUUCUUUCUGCUCAUCCUCGAACUCUGUACUUUGCACUUGGAACCAAUGUUUUCAUACCACCUCAAAGUGUUGUCACUUUUUUAAAAUCUUUUCUUGAAUUAAUCAAUCAAGACGUUAUUGAUGGUGUUAUAUGGUCUACUGUAAAAACUGAUGUCGAGGAUUCUUUUCAAUUAGCUAAUUAUAGCUCCCAUGAUUAUCCUCAUAUUUUUAUUAGUAAUUUCUCUCCUCAAUUUGCCAUACUAUCUCAUGAAAAUACCAAAAUAUUUUUAAGUCAUGGUGGUGCCGCUAGUGCUCAUGAAUCCAUGUAUACUGCUACUCCAAUGCUCAUAAUUCCUAUAAUGGGUGAUCAACCUAGAAAUGCUGAAAAAUUAGAAUUGGCUGGUAUAGCUUUGAGAAUUUCAAAAACAAAUUUAUUAGUUGAUGAUAUAGUUGAAAAAGUUAAAAGAUUAUUAAAUGAUGAAUCUUUUAAAAAGAAUUCUGAAAGAUUACAAUUUUUAUCUAGAAUUAAUAGUAAAAGAAAAUUUAGAGCUGCUGAUUUAAUUGAAAUAACUAUGAAUACCGUAAAAUAUGUUGGUGUUGAAGAUGAUCAUGGUAGAUUAAGAAUUAAUAAUGAUAAUUUGUUAAGAGAUUGGAUUACUCCUGAUUCAAGAAUGGGUUUUAUUAGAGGAAAUUAUUUGGAUGUUUAUGCUUUUGCUAUUUUUUUGGUUUUCUUGUUGUUUGGUGGUUUUGUUUAUACUUUGUGGAAGUAA